AUGAACAACCAGAACCUCCACGGCCGCAACGGCGGUGCGCCGCCCUACGACCGCGAGCGCGAGCGCGAAAUGGAGGAUCGGCAUCGAGCCAUGCAACAACACGAGGAAAUGCGACGUGAUCAAGAACGGGAGCGCGAACGCGAUCGAGAAAGAGACCGGGACCGAGAGCCUGCCGACCGAUACCAAUCAACCCCCCAUCAGAGCAGCGCCGGCUCCAUCCCCAUCCACCAACCUGUGGCCUCGAGGAUACCGGGUGCCAUACACAGCCCUGGAGGACUCCUGGCGAACCACAAUGGUGGUGCUCCCUCGACACACCUCGGCGCUCCCCCGGGACCAAUGGCCAACUUUGGCGGGCCCCUGCAGAGCGAGCACAACCGACCCCCCAUGCAACAGCAUGCAGCCGGCUCGCAGCACCAGAUGUUUGCGCCAAUACCGCACCCGCAGCCUCCUCCCAACCCACCCCAGACUGCUCCGACCGGACCGACCGCCGUGUUCGGUGGUCCGUUGCAGCAGCAGCAGCAGCAGCAGCAGCAGCCGCCUCCGCCGCCGCCGCCGUCGACGCAGUCGCAGCCGCCUCAACAAGCCCAGCAGGACGGCCAGCGAGGCGCGAAGCCGCCCGCCGCCCCCAUCGUGGGUAUGACGCCUGCUGGCCACCAGAUUCCCGGCGGCAUCACGCAGGGCCAGCAGCCGAUCCUAAACCCAGGCGAUGCAGGUCUGUCUGCGACGAUCAUUUUCAACAUGAGAUUCGACAUGGCAUCACCGUCGUCAAGCGCAUGGCAGGACUCGCAUGGAACGGAAGCUGAUGUUUUACUCGCACAGGAUGCCCUGACGUACCUCGAUCAAGUCAAGGUGCAAUUCCAUGACCAGCCGGAUGUGUACAAUCGCUUUCUUGACAUCAUGAAGGAUUUCAAAAGCCAGGCCAUCGACACACCCGGCGUCAUCAACCGCGUAUCCGAACUUUUCGCCGGUCAUCCCAACCUGAUUCAAGGUUUCAAUACCUUCCUCCCUCCCGGCUACAGGAUCGAGUGUGGUGCCGGAAACGAUCCCAACACGAUCCGUGUCACCACACCCAUGGGUACUACGGUGCAGUCGAUUGCGGGUCGUGGAGUCCAAGGUGAUGGCCCUCCUGGCCAGCCGCUGUUCCCAGACCGUGGUGGUCAGUGGCAGCAGCGCCCGCAGCACAGCAUCGAGAGCCCCGAGGCCAACUUCAGCACCCCUCCUCAGAAUGGCGGCAGCCUCUUCGUUCAGGCGGCAGCCCAGAGCGGCUCCUUCGAAGGUGCCGCCCAGAGAACGGCCGCUCAAGUGCUGGGUGCUGCCGGUGCCGCCGGCGGGCCAAACGCGCGCGGAGCCCAAACACCGGUCCCCGCCGGAGGCCCUGGAGGUGUGAAUGGAGCCCUCAACCAGGCCAACCUCGAACGCCGAGGUCCGGUCGAGUUUAACCACGCCAUCAGCUACGUCAACAAGAUUAAGAAUCGUUUCCAGGAUAAACCCGAGAUCUACAAGCAAUUCCUCGAGAUCCUGCAAACCUAUCAGAGAGAGCAGAAGCCCAUCCAGGACGUCUAUGCCCAGGUCACGGCCCUCUUCAACUCGGCCCCUGAUCUCCUCGAGGACUUCAAGCAGUUCCUGCCCGAGUCGGCCGGCCAGGCCAAGGCGACGCCUGGACGAACGGACGAGGGCGCGCCGUCGGGACCGAGCCACACUCCCCAGCCCGGUAUGAGAGACGGCCAGAAGAUGCCACCCCUCGGAAGCUUCGCGCCUCCCGCGAGCGCGAGCAAGGACAACAAGAAGCGGCCCCGCGCGGACAAGCAGGGUCAAAAUGCUGAUGCAUUGCUAGCCGAAGCCUCCAGCCGCCUCCCCCAGCCUGGCCUCAACGGCAACAAACGAGCCAAGUUGACUCAUGCCAGGGGCGCUGGUGACGCUUCGGCCAUGGAGCCGACCCUUACACCCGUCAUGCCCGAGCCUUACCCGCCGCAGUCGACCGUCACCUCCAGCCAGGAAGAGAUCGCCUUCUUCGAGCGCGUCAAAAAGUUCCUGAGCAAUCGGUCGUCGAUGAACGAGUUCCUCAAGCUGUGCAACCUGUUCAGCCAGAACAUCAUCGACAGGAACACCCUGUUCCAUAAGGGAGCGCUGUUCAUUGGUGCCAACCCGGACCUGAUGGCCUUCUGGAAGUCGUUUGUCGGCGUCGAGUCCGGCGACGUCAUGAUCGACAACCGUCCCGCGCCGCCGACGGAUAAGUUGUCGCUAAGCAACUGUCGCGGCUACGGACCCAGCUAUAGGCUCUUGCCGAAGAGGGAACGCCUCAAGGCUUGCAGCGGCCGGGAUGAGUUGUGCAACUCGGUCCUCAACGACCAGUGGGCCUCGCACCCAACCUGGGCGAGCGAGGACUCCGGAUUUGUCGCCCAUCGCAAGAACCAGUUUGAGGAGGGCUUGCAUCGGAUCGAAGAGGAGCGUCACGACUACGACUUCAACAUCGAGAUCAACCUCAAGUGCAUCCAGCUCCUCGAACCGGUCGCCCAGCAGAUGCUGGCCAUGACCCCGACUGAGCGAGAAACGUUCCACAUGCCCGCUGCACUGGCCGGCCAGAGCACGUCCAUCUUCAAGCGCAUCUGCAAGAAGAUCUACGGCGAGAAGGGCAUAGACGUGGUGAACGACAUGUUCAGCCAUCCGUUCGACGUCGUUCCGGUCCUGCUCGCUCGCAUGAAGCAGAAGGACGAGGAGUGGCGCUUCUCGCAACGCGAGUGGGAGAAGGUCUGGCACGCGCAGACGGACAGCAUGUACCUCAAGAGCCUCGACCAUAUGGGCAUUCUUGUCAAGAACAACGACAAGAAGAGCCUGACGGCCAAGCAUCUGGUUGAUGUUAUCAAGACGAAGCACGAGGAGCAGCGCCGCGAACGCGCCCUGCACGGCAAGUCGCCACGCCACCAGCUCGUUUGGAACUUUGGCGACAAGGACCUCGUCCUCGACAUACUUCGACUCAUGAUGCUCUAUCCUCUUCACAGCGGGCAGCACAGCGCCCAGGAGAAGGAGCGGCUUCUCGAAUUUUUCGAGUCGUUCAUGACCGGCUUCUUCGACCUGAACGAGGAUGUCGUGCAGGACCGCGUUCCGAAGAUUCCGCCCGACUCUGCCGAGGAGGAGGUGGAGGAUUCUGUACCCGCGGAGCUGACGAACGGUCGCAGCAGGCGAAACGGGAAGAAGGGAGACCUUCUUCGAGGCGUCCUCGACCCCGGCCGCAACGGCAGCAAGCCGCGGAGCCACAAGGAAGACAGCGUGGCGUAUGGCAGCAAGGAAACAACGCCCGACAUUGGCUCGGUAAACGAGGAAGACAUGCCUGACGCGCCCGACGAGAAUGCUGGACCCGAAGUCUCCAACGAGCGCUGGAUGCCGACGGUGCCCAAGGCGGUCGUCUUCGGCGGCGACGACGACAACCUUCUGAAUGCCGACGGCGAGCUGAAAGCGGACGGCUUCUUCCGCCGCCCUUGGUACAAUUUCUUUUCCAACCAGACAAUCUUCGUCUUCUUCAGCAUCCUCCACAAUGUCUACAACAGACUGUCGGAGCUCAAGGGCUCCAAGGACUUUGUGGCCCGUGAAGUCGAGCGGCUGAGCAAGCCGAAGCCUUCGCGAGACAUUGGCUUCGCCGACACCGUCAUGAACUACUUCGACGCCAGCGAUGAGCCGGAGAAGUAUUGGUCCAAGACGGUUGAGCUGGUGGAGGAUUACAUCACCGGCGACGUGGAUGAGACGCGGUACCAGGAGGUGCUUCGCCACUACUACCUCAAGAAGGGUUGGAAACUGUAUACGAUCCAGGACCAGCUUAAGACGCUCUGCCGGCUGGCCCUCACGUGCAGCAGCACCGACGCGAAGGAGAAGACGCCGGACUUGAUCCAUCAGUACUUUGCGAACCGCGAGAAGGAGGAAACCUCGUACCAGACCGAGAUCAGCGCGCGGAAGUUUGCGGAAAAAUGUGUCAAGGAUGGCGAUAUUUUCGUCAUCUGCUGGUUUCCGCAGAAGUUGGAAGCCACGGUGCGCUGGCUUCAGCGUUCCGACACGACCUUUUACAUGGACGAGAUGCAGAUGCGUGAGCGUUGGCAAUACUACAUUUCGUCCUUCAUCCGCGUGGAGCCCACCGAGGGUAUCCCGCGGUCGAAGCUGCAGAAGGUGGUGCUCACCCGCAACUUGCCCUCGGGCGACAACGAGUCGGACGAGGACCACAUCCCGAAGCCGGUCGCAUACCAGGAAGACCUUACCACAAGCAUCUGCCUUCGGACUUCCAAGAUGGUCUGGGCACCUGGCACGUCCGAGUUUUUCAUAUACGACCAAUCGCCUAGGACGGCCGAGAAGCGUGAGCGGCAGGAGAAGGUCUCCAAAGCGCUCAGCAGCCUUCGCGAGAGCAAGCUGCUCGAGAAGCUGGUGCACAAUCCGCCUUGGGCCAAGGACAUGAGCCAGGAGGAGGUGCGUGAGCACAACACCAACUUUGCCACAUGGAAGGACGAGGGUGUCGUCCUCGACCUGGCCAGCCGGGCGGAGUAA